UUUUAAACCCUUUGUAAUAUUCUAAACCUUUUCCCAAUAAGAUAUUGGCCAUUUUGGAUUGUGACUUAUUCGAAUUUUGUCUUGUGGUGCAUAUCAAGAUGACUUCGAAUAAGGUCAUCCAUCUUUAUAAUAUUUCAUAAUGAACAUAUUUAAUUUCGGAGUUCUUACAAAAAUUUCUCAAUUUCGCCCAAUCUUUUCCGUAUUUUAUCGUUGUGAAUUCACCUAAAGUGAACAAAAACCCACAUGUUAAUUGUCAAACAACAAUACACAACGAGUGAAAACCACUAACAUUUUGAGAGUGAAAAAGUAAAUAAAGGACACGAAGAAAGUUACCGAAGACAAGAGGUUGGUUUAAGAAAAAAGGCAAAAUUUUAAUGUCAGAGGUCGGCAGACUCUGUAACUGUGAAGUGAAGGGUAAGACAAUUAAACUAUGGAGAAGGUUCUGAAAAAGGAGCAUUUGGUAAUUAUGCCAUUCCUUCCUUCCUAGCCUUGAACAGAGCAAUUAGUUAGUGGGUCUCCCUCUCUACUCUUUCUUCCCCUGUGGCCCUUUCCAAGUUCCCUUCCUUCCCUGUAAACCAGAAAACAUAAAAUCCAAAUUAGUUAGCAUUUUAUUUUCCUUACUUGUCGACAUAAUUAAUUAAAUAAAUAAAUAAAUAGACAAAAGAAAGAAAGAGAGAAAAGAAUAAAGGAAUCCGAACAAACAAACCAAACUACCAAAUGAGAUAGAAAAGAAAAGGGAACAAAGUACAAAUUCGUGAACCAAGUUCAUAAAGCUAGAAAACAGAGCACCACCCCCAUCCCCUCUCAAAAACCUCUCCUCUGUUUUUUCCCUUGUUCUUCUUCCUCUCCUUUCAACCUCCGAGCUUUAUUCCUCUUCAGAAAACUCUCCUACUUCAGACACACAGCCAGACCUCUCACUUUCACUCUCUCUUGCUCUGUUUCAGAAGCAACUAACUGCCGGCCAUUUCUGUUUCUAUCUAUUCGAUUCACUUUUGUUCCCUCUGUUUCAUUUAGCUAUAUUCUCCACAUGGGUUCUCUGUUCUUGACUAGAUUCUGGGAUCCUUGAGUAGGAAUUGAUUGAAAUCGUUAGAUAGUAAAGAUUGAUAGAUAGACCCGGAUCAGGAGGAAGAAAAAAUGUCAUUCAAAUUGAGAACAGAGCAACAGUACUCUGCCUCCAAUAAGAGCUCUGCUGUAUCUCAGAAAUGGACGCUUUUCCUCUGCCUAGCUUGUUUUUGCGGCGGAAUGCUCUUCACAAACAGGUUGUGGUCACUCCCUGAACCUAAAGGUCUAACAAGGACAACCACUGCAAUUGAAGCAGAAAAACUGAAGUUGAUCUCUGAGGGUUGUGGCUCUAUAGCUCUGCAUCAGAAAGAAGUGCUGCCAGACUCUAAGGACAUAGAUGGAGAAGUUCACAAAACCCACAAUGCCAUACACACAUUGGACAAGACAAUUUCAAGCUUAGAGAUGGAGCUUGCUGCUGCAAAGGCAACACAAGAGUCUAUACUCAGCGGCUCUCCUCAAUCAGAGGACUCGAAGAAGAGUUCUUCAUCGAGGAAGAGAAAGUACUUGAUGGUGGUGGGGAUCAAUACUGCUUUUAGCAGCAGGAAGAGAAGGGAUUCGGUUCGUGCCACUUGGAUGCCUACAGGUGAGAAGAGAAAGAAACUGGAGGAAGAGAAGGGUAUCAUCAUCCGAUUUGUCAUUGGUCACAGUGCUACAUCAGGAGGCAUUUUGGAUAGAGCCAUUGAAGCAGAAGACCAAAAGCAUGGAGAUUUCUUGAGGCUGGAUCAUGUCGAGGGUUACCUUGAAUUGUCAGCAAAGACAAAGAUCUACUUUGCUACUGCUGUUGCAUUGUGGGAUGCAGAUUUCUAUGUCAAAGUGGACGACGAUGUACAUGUUAACAUAGCAACACUCGGAGAGACUCUAGUUAGGCACAGGAAGAAACCAAGGGUGUACAUUGGAUGCAUGAAAUCUGGUCCUGUCCUUAAUCAAAAGGGAGUGAGGUACCAUGAGCCUGAGUACUGGAAAUUUGGGGAAGCUGGAAACAAGUACUUCAGGCAUGCCACCGGGCAGCUCUACGCCAUCUCCCAUGACUUGGCUUCAUACAUUUCAGUAAACCAGCAUGUCCUGCAUAAGUUUGCUAAUGAGGAUGUCUCCUUGGGAUCAUGGUUCAUUGGCCUCGACGUGGAUCACAUCGAUGAUCGCAGAUUAUGCUGUGGCACUCCACCUGACUGUGAGUGGAAGGCUCAAGCUGGCAACAUAUGCAUUGCCUCGUUCGAUUGGACCUGCAGCGGGAUCUGCAGGUCAGCUGACCGGAUCAAGGAGGUUCAUCGGCGUUGUGGGGAAGGUGCAAAUGCUGUUUGGACUGCUAAAUUCUGACAGAGAAGAGAAGAACAAAUCUUCGAGACUCUGGAAGAUGAAAUGGACCAAUGUGUGUUUUGAAUGUCAUGUUCUUGUAACUAUGUGAAUAUAGAGAAGAACAUUUCAGAGACCACACCCAAUACAUAGCCAGGGAGCCUGGCAAAGAGAGAGAGGUAGUAGAGAUUAGAAAAUAGCUGGUUUGUGGGAGGUUCCCCAUUUUAGCAAGAGGGGAAUAGAGAAUCAGAAACCAGAAGAUAAGUGUUUUCUUAUUGCUAAUGGCUAAUUGGCAACUAUCUGGUUCAAAAAAGAAUCAUUAUUUUUUUGAUGGUUUGGCUUGUGAGGCCAGAAAGUUGUAAGUUCUCAUUGCAAGUAGCUAUUCAAGCUAGCAAUAAUAAGUAUGUUGUAAUGACCUCAUGGUCACUUUUUUUUUUGUCGUUUUAGGCUUAGUUUUUGUGCUUCUAUUGGUUGCUCUUGCAAGCAAAAAGAAUUAGAUGGUAAUGUCAAGUAACAGAAACCAAAUCUGGAGGAAGAUAGGAUGAAUUGUGUGCGGAAGAAACUUAUUAAGCAAUU